UGUACGCAACUCGACUCGACCAGCCUCAAUGGGAAUAAAAACAUCUAUCCACCAUGUCGCCGCCGUCGUCGCCGUCGCCACCACCACCAGAAGAAAAAGAGAAGAAAGAACAAACUCCCGACAAACAAAGAGAUAGCCUAUCACCCCUCCACAUCGAGCACCACAAAUCGCAAUGGGCAACGGCGCAAGACCGCUCCUCGUCCAUCGUCGCCAACUCGUAUCGCCCGUCUAUAUCCCAGACGGCAGCCGAACGAGCACGCCGCCACCUCAACGCCAAACUCGAAAACCCACUCGCCGACUUCUCCUUCAACGAGCUCCGGAAAAUGGGUCGAGCGUACGCAGGCGAACACGGUCUCAACGACGCCCAAGACGUACGAGCUCUGGAAAUCGGCGCCUGUCUCGCAAGAGACCCAGCGGAUCUGAGCCACGCAAAAGAGCUGGGAGUAACGGACGCAGAGUACGCCGUCUUGUCGCACGAGCUCGAGCAUCGCUGGUCGCAGCCCAGACUGCUCUACCUAGUCAUCGUCAUAUGCUCCGCGUGCGCCGCGGUCCAGGGCAUGGACGAGACGGUAGUCAACGGCGCGCAGCUGUUCUAUGCGAAGGAGUUUGGCAUCGGGGGCCAGGAUCCGCGGUCUACGUGGCUGGUGGGACUCGUCAACAGCGCGCCGUAUGUGUGCUGUGCGUUUAUAGGGUGCUGGCUCACGACUCCGUUUAACCAUUGGUUUGGGCGCCGCGGGACCAUUUUCUUGACUUGUUUGUUUAGUGCUUUGGCGUGCUUUUGGCAGGGGUUUGCGGAUAGUUGGUGGCAUAUGUUUAUAUCCCGCUUCGCCCUUGGCUUCGGCAUCGGUCCAAAAUCUGCAACAGUCCCCAUCUAUGCCGCAGAAUGCACACCCCCAACCAUCCGCGGCGCCCUGGUAAUGCAAUGGCAGAUGUGGACCGCGUUCGGCAUCAUGCUCGGCUACGUCGCGGAUCUCGCCUUCUACGGCGUCGCCGACACUCCCAGCGUGACGGGCCUGAACUGGCGUCUCAUGAUGGGUUCCGCCAUGGUUCCCGCCGUCGUGGUUUGCUGCUUUGUCUACAUGUGUCCCGAGUCCCCCCGCUGGUACAUGUCGAAGGGACGACACAAAGAGGCAUAUCAGGCCAUGUGUAGUUUGAGGUUUGACAAGCUACAGGCUGCGAGGGAUCAGUUCUACAUGGCAGAGCUGUUGCGGGCGGAAGAGAACAUGAAGAUCGGACAGAGCAAGAUCAGGGAGCUCUGGAGCGUCCCUCGGAAUCGUCGCGCCAUGCUCGCCAGCGAGAUUGUAAUGUUCAUGCAGCAGUUCUGCGGCAUCAACGUCCCAGCCUACUACUCGUCCUCCAUCUUCUCGACCUCAGGCUUCAGCGACAAAUCUGCCCUAACAGCCUCCCUCGGCUUCGGCAUCCUAAACUUCCUCUUCGCCCUCCCCGCAAUCCACACCAUCGACACCUUCGGCCGCCGCAACCUCCUCCUCUCCACCUUCCCCCUCAUGGCCCUCACCCUCCUCUUCACCGGCUUCAGUUUCUGGAUCCCGGCCUCCACCCCUCGCAUCGCCUGCAUCGCCCUCGGCAUCUACCUCUUCGCAAUGUGCUAUAGCCCCGGCGAGGGGCCUGUCCCGUUCACGUACAGCGCAGAGGCGUAUCCGCUCUAUGUCCGCACGCUGGGGAUGAGCGUCGCCACGGCCACGACGUGGGCGUGCAAUGCGGCGCUGAGCAUCACGUGGCCGAGCCUGCUGCGCGUGUUUGGACCGCAAGGCGCUUUUGGCUUCUAUGCGGCUUGGAACGUGGUGGGGUGGUGGUUGGUUCUUUUGUUUAUGCCGGAAACCAAAUCAAAAACCCUCGAAGAACUCGACCAAGUCUUCAGCGUGCCCACGCGUAUCCACGCUUCGUACGGGUUCCGCCAGAUUCCCUAUUUCGUCAAACGCUACGUUUUUAGGCGCAAGGAUGUUUUGCCCGUCGAUUUGCUCGAGCUGGAUAGAGAGCGCGGCGUCGCUAUGGAUUUGGGCGUCAUGCAUGUUAUUUGA